UCGCCAAGAUCAAGAGGAAGAUCGGACCAGCUGACCUAAAUAUAAACAAAUAUCAAGAUCACACGAGGAGAAAAGGAAGACUGCGAUUACUGAAACAGGCAAGAAAUAAAGAAUAACACAGAAUAGAAGAAUAAGGUUAAGAGAUUGAUGAUAGGAGAAAUAUACAGGUCUUCAUAACAAGCAAAGAAAAUACCAACACCACUACCACCAUCACCACCUACCUCGUCACGUCCUAAAAACAACAAGAAAGUACCACCACCAUCACCACCAAGGAGAGAGAGAGAGAGAGAGGAGAAUACUGGAGGGACCUGAACACAACACUGAAGGGAAGGAGGUCCUAUAAAUGAUAAAGGGGAAGAGGUCACAAGAAGAACAAGACCACCACUACUACUGUGAACACAAAGAUUAGGAAGGAAUAAAAAGACCAUAUCCAUCACAAACUAGAAGAAAAGAAAAGAAAGGGCAAAAAAGGGAAGAUGAAAAGAGAUGACUAAAGAAUGAAAAGAGGAUAAGAAAGAUGGUCUGAUGAAUAUGUAAAAGGAAGAGAAAAGAAAGAUAGUCUGGUGAAUAAGUAAAAGAGAAAAAGAAAGAUGAAAUGAUAAAAAAGAAAAAUGGAAUAGAAAGAUUAUGAUGAAUAAAGAAAAGAGGAAGAAAAGGAAGAUUAUCUGAUGGACAAGACAAAAGAUGAUGAAAUUUAGAGAGUAGAGAAUACCAGACUGAUGAACAAAGAGAAAGGAAAGGAAGACAAAAUAAUGGACAUGGAAAAAGAUGAACAAGAGAAAGAAAAGGAAUGGAGACAGAUGAACAAAAGGGAGAAAGAGAAGAAAGAAAAAGAGGAUAAAGAUGGAAGGAGAGACAAACAGAUAAAGACGGGGAGGCAAGAUCAGGAAGAGAUGAAGAAGAAAGAGGAGAAAAAAGAUAGACAGACAAAGAUAAUGAAAGAAAAUGAAAAGGAAACCAAGAAUAAAGAUGACAACAGAAAGACACACUGCCAAGGAGAGAAGACCAGGAAACAAGGCAAAGAAGAGGAAGAAGAGAAGAAGAAGGAAGAGCAGGAGCAGGAGGAGGAGGAGGAGGAGGACAGAUUCAAGGACAUCUUUAAGUACUACAAGAGGAGAAAGCCACCACCAGACCUGACCCAAGCUAUUGAUGUUGACUCCUGUUGUGUGGAGGUGCAGUCCCUCCCACUGGCAUCGGAGCAACACAAGGCUAUGGCACAGGAGGCAGGACUCACCCCCCCAGACACCUGGACUGUACACCAUCUCAUUAACCACCCAGGUGGGCUAGUAGUGGUGCGGAAUCCCUUCACCCGGGCAGGGCAGCUGGCAUGGGCUUGCCAGUGCCUGCGGGACAUGGCCAGACCGCCCCACAAGACCAACUUGGCCUCACAUGGUAUACACCUGGAGGCCAGCACCUGGUGGCAGCUGUGUCGCACGGAGGAAGGGAGGAGGUCUGGCCUGCGGGAGAAACUGCGAUGGGUGACUCUAGGGUACCACCAUGACUGGGAUACCAAGGAAUACAGUGAAGACAACCGCAGUGACAUGCCGGACAGUGUGGUGAGGCUGUGUGGUGUUGUGGCACAAGUGCUGGGCUUCUGUGGUAGUGGUAGAGGUGGUGGUGGUGAAUUUAAAGCCCAGGCAGGUAUUAUUAAUUAUUAUCACCACCACUCCACACUCAGCCCACACACAGACCACUCCGAGCCAUAUAUGGAGGCACCGUUACUCUCUUUCAGCUUUGGCCAGAGUGCUGUGUUUCUCAUAGGUGGCUGUACAAAGGCCACAGCGCCCUCUGCCAUACUGCUACACAGUGGCGACAUAGUGGUGAUGGCCGGCGCUGCAAGGCUGUGCUACCAUGCUGUGCCCAGGAUACUGCUGCAGGCUGAGAGGAGGAAGGAGGAGGACAAGGAAGAACCAUGGGCUGUGGAGUUUGGUGAGUUUAAGACAUGGAGGAAGAGGAGGAAAGUGGAGGAAAAGCAGGAUGAGGAAAUAAAAACACAAGAAACGAUGCAAAAACCCGAGAAAAGUAAACAGCACAAAGACACUGAUGAUAGUGCUGGUGAUGAUAGUGACCUCCCUGAUAUCCUACACUACCUAAGGACCUGCAGGAUUAACAUGAACAUCAGACAAGUCCUUCCUCCCUCCAUGAAUGCAUUACCCUCAUGACAAAGUUAGUAAAUGGACACGUAAAUAUAACACUGCAAUAAACUGUGAUAUAAUGAAAGAAUUUUCUUCACAACAAUAAAUCAAAUAAGGAAAA